CUCCCAACGGCCGCGAUCAUAUUUUCACCUGUCUAAUUCUCCGCCUGCAUCCUUCUCAUCCUGUCCUCCGGUCUUGAAAAGCCUAAAGCUUCAGCAGCACCUCCCACGGCCUGCGCACAUUUGGGGAUACGGAGACCCUAGACCACUCGUUACCAGCACCGACCGCAACGGCAUAGAUCGGAAUUGACGGCUGUACUGCAUUAUCUGCGCAAAUCCAAUGGCUUCUCCGAACCUUGAGCGGAAUCAAUCGCCCGAUGAGGCGCCCCGGGAUGCGAGCGUCCACCCAGCCCUUCAACCCAAUGUUACCGACGUCCCAGUCACUCCGGGGGUACACCCAAGUGGGCAGUCGGCCUACGUGGAGCCCCAACGCCCUCCCUUGGUGACCCCCCAAGGCAUCACUCCAGGGCCGCAAGGACAGUCGCAGGUCAAUACGGGUUCAUACUUCUCUCAUCGUGCUGGUGCCUCAGCGGAAGCACAGUCGAAGGAUGGGUUGGCGGCGAGAGACCCUCGGGCUGCGCAUCCAAAGUUAAAUCUCAGUGGUAGAGUGCUCAGCGCAACAUUCGCCAUCCCGUAUAAUGUUGGUUUCUCCCCCGGAAAGGAAUGGGAACUCAGUCCCCGUGCGGGCACUUCCGCCUUGUUCGACUCAUUUGCCUACCUCGCCUCCUCGUCUUCUCCCUGGAAUCACACCCUCAUCGGCUGGACGGGGGAGUUAAAAGAGGCAGAGGACCCCGCACCUGGUACCGCGAGCGCGACGUCAACGCAGCAUAAAGCGGCCGCCCCUAUUCCAGUUGACAGCAAGACGCCCACUAUCCCACCUCCCCAAGCGGAUGGGCUGCGAAUCGGGAAAGCCGACAGAGAGAAACUGGAGCAAAGACUUGAACGUGAUCCGGGAGGCAAGAUUGUGCCUGUCUGGCUUGUGGACGAGGUGGACGAGCAAAAGGACGAAUAUGUCAUGAAAGAUCAGUCACGUUGGCGCAGAUAUGCCGAACACGAACUCUAUACGCUUUUUCAUUAUAAGCAAAACGAGCCCGCCGAUGGCCGUGCCGCUCGGAAGACGUGGGCCGACUACUACCGUAUGAACAAGCUAUUCGCCGACAAGAUUCUCGAGUUGUACAAGCCCGGAGAUAUUAUUCUCAUUCACGAUUUCUACUUGCUUUUGCUUCCGAGCUUGCUGCGCCAGAGCUUGCCCAACGUAUACAUCGGCUUCUUUCUGCACGUCCCCUUCCCGAGCAGCGAGUUUUAUCGCUGCUUGAGCAGACGUAAGGAGAUCUUGGAGGGGGUGUUGGGUGCCAACAUGAUCGGCUUCCAAUCCUACAGCUACGCACGCCACUUCUCGUCUUGCUGUACUCGAGUCUUGGGCUUCGAUUCCUCGUCGACAGGCGUUGAUGCCUACGGCGCCCACGUCGCAGUCGACGUAUUCCCCAUUGGCAUCAACGCCGCCUUGACUCAGCGUAUUGCAUUCGGAGAUGAAGCCAUUCAGGAGAAAAUCAAGGGCAUCCGCGAACUCUACGCUGGCAAGAAGAUUAUCGUGGGCCGAGACCGCCUCGACUCCGUCAGGGGAGUAGCCCAGAAACUGCAGGCUUUCGAGAUGUUCCUCGAAAGGUACCCUCAGUGGCGGGGUAAGGUGGUUCUCAUUCAGGUCACCAGUCCCGGAAGCGUCCAGGUACUCCGUGGAGAGGACGAUGACAACAAGAUCCUCAACAAGAUUUCCGACCUCGUCGCUCGGAUCAAUGGGAAUUACGGUUCUCUCAGCUUCUCCCCGGUUCAACAUUUCCCUCAGUACCUUAGCAAGGAAGAAUACUUUGCGCUGCUUCGCGUGGCAGACGUGGGACUGAUUACCAGCGUCCGCGACGGCAUGAACACGACCAGCUUGGAAUACGUCAUCUGCCAAAAGGAUAAUCAAGGACCCCUCAUCCUCUCCGAGUUCUCAGGUACCUCAAGCUUCCUCGAUGGGGCCAUUCACAUCAACCCCUGGGAUCUGGGAGGCGUUGCCGAAGCCAUCAACAACGCCCUGACUAUGCCCGAGAAGCAGCGGCAGGAGCAGUUUGCCAAGCUGUACAAGCACGUCGUGGCGAACAACGUGCAGUACUGGACGAACAACCUGAUGAAGAAGCUUCUGGCGAACCUGUCGUCGUUCGACCAGUCGUUUGCUACUCCUGCGCUGGAUCGUGCGAAGUUGCUCCUGCAGUACCGACAAUCGAAGAAGCGGUUGUUUAUGUUCGAUUACGAUGGCACCCUGACUCCUAUAGUAAAGGAUCCAGGAGCAGCUAUCCCCUCGGACCGCGUCAUCCGGACGCUCAAGACGCUUUCGGCCGACCCGGCGAACGCGGUUUGGAUCAUCAGCGGAAGAGACCAGAAGUUCUUGGACGAUUGGAUGGGCCACGUGCCUGAACUUGGCCUCAGUGCGGAACAUGGUAGUUUCAUGCGACGUCCACGCAGCACCGAGUGGGAGGACCUGACGGCCUCGGCCGACAUGAGCUGGCAGCCCGACGUCCUGGAUAUCUUCCAACAUUACACUGAGAGGACAACUGGUUCAUUCGUGGAGCGCAAGAAGAUCGCUCUGACGUGGCACUACCGGCGUGCGGAUCCCGAAUAUGGCGCGUUCCAGGCGCGACAAUGCCAAAAGCAUCUGGAGAUGACGGUAGCUAAGAAGUAUGACGUCGAGGUCAUGACGGGCAAGGCCAAUCUGGAAGUGCGGCCGAAGUUUGUGAACAAGGGCGAAAUCGCGAAGAAGCUGGUGCAGGAAUACAGCGAAGCCGGGGAAGCUCCCGACUUUGUGCUCUGCUUGGGUGACGAUUCGACAGAUGAGGAUAUGUUCCGCUCAUUACGACAAUCGCGACUGCCGGCCGACCACGUCUUCUCGGUGACGGUGGGUGCCAGUUCCAAGCAGACGCUGGCCAGCUGGCAUCUGGUCGAACCGGCCGAUGUCAUUUCGGUCGUGUCUCUGCUAAAUGGAUCCAUUGAUGCAGGUAAUGUGGGAGCGGUGGCCGUCGUGGAAGGCCAUGUCCCCGAGUCGAGGAUUUAGAGGAACACAGGAGUUGUUGAUGAGGUCAUGAGGGGGUAUUGUGGACCCUUGCUGCAUUUGUUUGGGGUUUGUGAGACGGGCAUAGAGUUAGUUUUUCUUUUCGUAUAUAUUGCGUGAUAAUCAUGGUAGUAAAAUCAAGAGUUUAGCUGAUGCCACUCGUUCGG